AUGGCUACCGACAGCGGACGCGGAAACCCCAUCGGGGCCACUGAGGGCCUCAAGGAGGAGGUUCCUCCCCCUGCCUCGAACGAAACGAAGGCUCAGGUCGCCGCGACCGCCGAUACCCAUGCUGCUGGCCAGGACGCCGGCGCCGCCGCCGGCGCGGAGCCGAAGGUGAAGACCGAGAAGGAGCUGAAGAAGGAGCGCGCGAAGGCCGAGAAGGCUGCCAAGUUUGCGCAGAAGCAAGCUGCCCAGGCCGCGAAGGCCGCAACUGCUGCUCCUUCAAAGAAGGCCGAAAAGAAGGCCAAGGCCGAGAAGAAAGAGGAGGAGGCUAUCCCUGAAUACGUUGAAGAUACCCCGAAGGGAGAGAAGAAGCGCCUCAAGUCUCUUGAAGAUCCUCACUUCAAGGCUUAUCACCCCGAGGCUGUCGAGAGCGCCUGGUAUGAAUGGUGGGAGAAGGAGGGCUUCUUCAAGCCCGAGUUCACGGCCGAUGGCAAGUGCAAGCCUGCGGGCAAGUUCGUCGUUGCCCACCCCCCGCCGAACGUCACUGGUGCUCUGCAUCUUGGUCACGCCCUUGGUGAUUCGCUCCAGGAUAUCAUGAUUCGAUGGAACCGCAUGUUGGGCAAGACGACGCUUUGGCUGCCCGGUUGCGAUCACGCCGGUAUUUCGACGCAAAGCGUUGUCGAGAACAUGCUCUGGAGGAGAGAAGGAAAGACCCGUCAUGACCUGGGCCGUGAGGACUUUGUCGACAAGGUCUGGACCUGGAAGGGCGAAUACCACGACAAGAUCAACGCUGCUCUCCGAAAGAUGGGAGGAAGCUUCGAUUGGAGCCGUGAGGCUUUCACCAUGGACGCGAACCUGUCCGCCGCUGUCGCCGAGACUUUCGUCAGACUCUUCGAGGAGGGUACCAUCUACCGUGCCAACAGACUUGUCAACUGGUCUUCCCGCCUGACCACUGCUCUGUCAAACCUCGAGGUCAACAACAAGGAGCUGACAGGCAGGACACUGCUCGACGUCCCCGGCUACGAGAAGAAGAUCGAGUUCGGUGUCAUUAUCCACUUCAAGUACCCCAUUGAGGGCUCCGAUGAGUUCCUCGAGGUCGCCACCACCCGUAUCGAGACGAUGCUGGGUGACUCUGGUAUCGCCGUCCACCCCGAGGACCCCAGAUACACGCACCUGGUUGGAAAGAGGGCCAAGCACCCUAUCAUUGAGGGCCGCUUCCUGCCCAUUGUCGCCGACACUUACGUCGACAGGGAGUUCGGUACUGGAGCCGUCAAGCUGACCCCCGCCCACGACCCCAACGAUUUCAACCUUGGUCAGAAGCACGGUCUCGAGUUCAUCAACAUUCUCACCGAUGAUGGUAACAUCAACGAGAACGGUGGCAAGUACCAGGGCCAAAAGAGAUUUGACGUCCGUUACGCCAUCCAGGAUGAGCUCAAGAGCCUUGGCCUCUACGUUGACAAGAAGGACAACGCCAUGACCAUUCCCCUCUGUGAGCGCUCCAAGGAUGUUAUUGAGCCUCUGCUGAAGCCUCAGUGGUACAUGAGCAUGCGCAGCAUGGCUGAUGACGCUGUUGCUGCUGUCAAGGAUGGCAGAAUUAAGAUUCGCCCCGAGUCUUCCGAGCGCAGCUUCUACGCUUGGAUGGCCAACAUCAACGACUGGUGUAUCUCCCGUCAGCUCUGGUGGGGACACCGCUGCCCCGUCUACCUGGCCAAGGUUGAGGGUGAACAGUCCGACUCGUUGGACAGCAAGCAAUGGUUCGCUGGAAAGACUCGCGAGGAGGCUGAGGCCAAGGCCAAGGCUGCCCUCCCCGGCAAGAAGUUCACCCUGGAGCAGGAUGAAGAUGUCCUGGACACCUGGUUCUCCUCUGGCCUCUGGCCCUUCUCUACCCUGGGCUGGCCCAAUAAGACUAACGAUCUGGCUGAGCUGUACCCUACUUCCGUCCUUGAGACUGGUUGGGAUAUUCUGUUCUUCUGGAUCGCGCGUAUGGUCAUGCUUGGCAUCAAGCUCACUGGCCAGGUUCCCUUCACCGAGGUGUACUGCCACAGUCUCGUCCGUGACUCUGAGGGUCGCAAGAUGAGCAAGUCCCUGGGCAACGUCAUCGACCCCUUGGAUGCUAUUUCCGGUAUCUCUCUGCCGGACCUCCACGCCAAGCUCCGCACCGGUAACCUGCACCCCAGCGAGGUCCAGAAGGCCGAGAAGUACCAGAAGACGGCUUUCCCCGAGGGUCUGCCUCGCAACGGUGCCGACGCCCUCCGCUUCACCAUGGCUGCGCUUACCUCGACAAGCGGCGAUGUCAACUUUGACGUCAAGGUCAUGCACGGCUGGAGAAAGUUCUGCAACAAGAUCUGGCAGGCGUCCAAGUACGUCCUCGGCAAGCUGCCCGAGGACUUCGUCCCUCUCAAGGAGCCCGCCGCCGGUAAGACGCUUGCUGAGAAGUGGAUUCUUCACAAGCUCAACACCGCCGCCAAGGACAUCAACACCGCUUUGGGCGAGCGCGAGUUCCAGCACGCCACGGGCAUCGUUUACCAGUACAUCCUCAGCCACCUGUGCGACGUCUACAUCGAGAACAGCAAGGCCAUUAUCCAGGAUGGUACCGAGGAGGAGAAGGCCAGCGCUGUCCAGACCCUCUACACUGCUAUUGAGGGUGCGCUGACCAUGAUCCACCCCUUCACUCCCUUCAUCACGGAAGAACUGUGGCAGCGCCUGCCCCGCCGUCCCGAGGACAAGACCAGGUCCAUCAUGUUGGCCAGCUACCCCGUCUACAACGCCAAGCUCGAUGACCACAAGUCCGAGGCCGCUUACGAGCUUGUCCUGGGUUGCUCUCGCGCCGCGAGAUCGCUCAUGAGCGAGUACGCCCAGAAGGAGGAGGCUAGAAUCAUUAUCCAGGCACACGACGCCACCUCUGCCUCCACCAUCGAGGAGCAGGUUGCCUCCAUCAAGUCCCUCAGCGGCAAGGGCGUCACCGGCAUCGACAUCGUCGCCCCCGAUGCUGCCCGCCCCGCCGGCUGCGUCGCCUUCCCCGUCGCUUCUUCCGCCUCGGUCUACCUCCACGUCAAGGGCCGCGUCGACCUCGACGCCGAGAUCGAGAAGGCCAAGAAGAAGCUCGACAAGGCCCGCACCAACAUCGAGAAGCAGCGCAAGCUGGUUGAGGACCCCGCCUACCAGGAGAAGGUCGCGGAGGCCGUCCAGAAGGCCGACAGGCAGAAGGUUGUCGACCUCGAGUCUGAGGCGAGGGGUUUCGAGGGUACGAUUAAGCAGUUUGAGCAGCUCAAGCUUGAGUAA